UAUUCCACGAGACUUAUCUUAUCUAACAUAUAAAAUACCUCUCGUCAGAGAUGUGGUCUCUUGUACAGAACAUAUUUCUGAAAACAUGAAGCUGGUGUUUGCUCUUCUGCUCGUUGGGAUUGCUGUGGCUCAGUAUCCAAAUAACUACCGCCCUGAUCGAAUCCACGGCUACACGUUUGAUUACCACUCCUAUGCUGAUUUGCUGGUGGUCACCAACACCAGCACCUGCGUUCUGGUGUCCCUCCCUGGGAAGGAUGACGAAAUGAGGGACCUCCAAGAACGCUACAAGAUUGAAGACGAUGUUUUAGCCCAAAUCGGAAGCGGCCAAGGAGAGCACCGUGCCACUCUCAGCGAAAUCCGAUCAGACUACCACGACAUCCGGGCAGUCUUCGAAUGCUUCAGGAAGCGCGUGUACGAACUCACGUACACAGCACCCUCUACAAAAUAAACACCUGUAUAUCAGA